UCCUCCUGAAGCCUCGACUUCAUAUCAACCACAUGAGGAUGAAAAUCCGAUAUUUUAUCAACCUUAUGUGGAUGAAGGUUUAGCUGAAAGAUUUGAAGAUGUUUUAAAAGCAGCCGAUCAACCCCUGUAUGCUGAUUGUGAGGGAUACUCUCAGCUAUCCGCCGUUACAGAGUUUAUGAACAUAAAAGCUGAAUACAGUCUCCCUGAAACUUGCAUGACUAGAGUCUUGCAGCCAGUAGGCGGGAUGCUACCAUGUGAUCAUAACCUCCCCGAUUCAUAUUACCACAUGAAACAAUUAAUGUCUAAGUUGGGGUUACCUUAUAUAGAAAUUGAUGCGUUCCCGGAAGGAUGUAUGUUGUUCUGGAAGGAUGAUGAGGCACUUGAAUUCUGCAAGUUCUGUGGUGGAAACAGAUACAAACCUGUUCCUCAAAGUAAAAAGAAACCACGAAAUAGGUCGGCAUUAUCUAAACUGUAUUACCUCCCAAUAGCUCCACUACAUCAGAGGAUGUGCACUUCGACUGCUACUGCGAAACACAUGACAUGGCAUGUUGAGCACAAAACAAAAUAGGGUAUUACAUCUAAACUGUAUUACCUCCCAAUAGCUCCACCCAUCGUGUCUAGUUCACGGUCGGCUCGUACAUCCCUUCCAGGAUGGCGAUCACCAUCUUAUGCAGCACGAUCGGCCCCUCAGCGCCAUCGUGUCUACUUCACGGUCAGCUCGUACAUCCCUUCCAGGAUGGCGACCACCAUCUUAUGCAGCACGAUUGGCCCCUCAGCGCCAUCGUGUCUAGUUCACGGUCGGCUCGUACAUCUCUUCCAGGAUGGCGACCACCAUCUUAUGCAGCACGAUCGGCCCCUCAGCGCCAUCGUGUCUAGUUCACGGUCGGCUCGUACAUCCCUUCCAGGAUGGCGACCACCAUCUUAUGCAGCACGAUCGGCCCCUCAGCGCCAUUGUGUCUAGUUCACGGUCGGCUCGUACAUCCCUUCCAGGAUGGCGACCACCAUCUUAUGCAACAUGAUCGGCCCCUCAGCGCCAUCGUGUCUAGUUCACGGUCGGCUCGUACAUCCCUUCCAGGAUGGCGACCACCAUCUUAUGCAGCACGAUCGGCCCCUCAGCACCAUCGUGUCUAGUUCACGGUCGGCUCGUAAGACCACACCAUGGCAAAGUAAGACCAUACCUUGGCAAAGUAAGACCAUGUCGUGGCAACAAACGUCUUAUGCAGCACGCUCGGCCCCUCAGUGCCAUCGUGCCCGGUUUACCGAUGACAUUCACUGAUUUGUAUCACAUCUUACAUACCCUCUCUCAUACAUUGCACUCAUACAUCACAUGCAUUCAUACAUUCAUGCAUCAUCUCUCAUACAUCCAUACAUACAUGUACAUCAUAUCGAGCUAGUCUCCCGUAUCGUCAGCUUAUAUUGUGCAGGAACCUCUAAGCUUCUCCAUUGGAAAGCUCGGGUCAGAAUCCUCUACUCCCACCUGAUACAAUCAGAGGGAGAGUGUCCAGGGAAGAACAUCCCUCGCAUGACCUCGUCAGGAGGGGAGCGCCUUACCGGCAGGGUAUACUCAGAGGGGCAGACACCCACACAUAUAUUAUGAUUAUUCGAAGACACAGUUCCGGCAAGGCAGAGGAAGAACACAGACAAAAGUAUAUUUUCUCGAGCAGAUUCGCACACUCACUACUCAAGAAACUGGGGGACUUGUGUUGGGAUAUAUCAUCCCGGCCUAUUACUGUUCAGGGGCCCAAGACUUUACGUAAUACGGAGCCCAAUCAGUAAGGCCCAUUUUAGCCUGUCACGCCUAUUUCGGCCUUUGGGCCCAUUUUUGCUCAUUCGGCCCGCCUAGGCCCAAGAGGCCGUUUAGGCCCACUCGGCCCGUUAGGGUAGAGAGCCCCCCUUCCCCAUUCCAUCUAUAAAUAGGAGGGCUUCCCUCCUAAUAAAGGAUCCCAGUUUUGGAGACUUGAUCUCCUACCUCUCUUCUUCCUCCUUCUCUAUAGUUAGCUUGAAUCCUCCAUUAAUGGAGCUUGUAUAAUGUACUGGUGAGGAGAUCAAUAAUAAAAGGAGCGGGCUUGGACAUUAGCCUAAACAGUCCCGUGGUUUUCUCCCUUUCUGGGUUUCCACGUAAAAAUCAUUGUUUAUGUUUUAUUAUCCCCCAUAACCAUGAAACCCUCCCGGAAGGGGUGUUGAACUUCCGGGCUGCGGCGAAUUAAUCUCAACACUUAUUAAAAUAAUUUUUCUUUUUGUUCUUUUUAGAAAAGAAAUUUCCAAGAGAUUUCGUGCCUUGAGAGUAGGGAUGGAC